AUGUCACCGAACUACAUCGACAAGCUCCGCGGCAAGUCGCUUGUCAUUGUUGGCGGAACAUCCGGCGUAGGUUUUGCAGUUGCAGAAGCUAGCCUCGAGUUCGUCGCCAAAGUCGUCGUUGUCAGUCGGACGCAGGAAAAUGUGGACAAGGCAGUGCACAGACUCAAGACUUCCUACCCUCAUGCAGCCACCAACGUCCGGGGUAACGCUUGUGACUUAUCCAGCGAGCAAGCAGAGAAAGAUCUCACCAAUGUCUUUGACUUCGCCACCGAUAAUGGAAUAAACCUUGUCGACCAUGUUGUCAGCACCGCUGGUGGAAUGCCGAACCCUAUUACUCUUGCCGAAGUGACACCCAACGACCUCGUCGCAGCGAGCAAGUACCACUUCAUCGGCGACUUGAUCCUUGCCAAGGUUGCGGUCAAGUACCUCAAACAGACGUACACGUCCUCGAUCACCUUGACCGGCGGCGCGGGCACGUAUAAGCCACCACGCGGCUGGCCCAUGUGGGCCGGUGUGGGCGGGGCAAAAGAUGCGCUGACGCGGAGCCUCGCGUUGGAGCUCAAGCGGGUUCGUGUAAACCUCGUCUCUUUGGGAGCAAUUCGGACGGAGUUGUUCGACCGGGCUGUCGCAGGAGCGGGAGAGGCAGUCGCCGAGGCCGCGAAGAAGGCCUUUGUGCUCGCUAGGUUAGGGGAGCCUGGAGAUGUUACAGAGACUUUUCUGGCGAUAAUGAGGAAUAAUCUUGUGACGGGCACUGUCAACAUUGUUGAUGGGGGCGCUCUGCUCACAUAA